GGUGUACAUAAUGCAUCAUUUGACGAUUAAAAAAAAGAAGAAGAAGAUAAAGAUGCAUUGUUGCGACCUUGCAUUUGUUGAUAACAUCUUUGGACCACAUUAUGAAAAUACGUAAACAAGAACCAAGCUUGAUUAGAAUAUGGGCCAGGUCUGAAGCGGAAUGGACAGCCGAUUUUUCCUUUGUAAACGACGUCGCACUGGUGUGGCGUGCUCUUCUGGCCCUUAACGGUCUCUCUCGUGUCAGAACCGGAGCCAGUGAACCAGUGGGUUAGUACUUAGUAGCUGUGUACUGAAUUCGGAAAGUGAGGUUGCAAAAUGAGCGCGCCCUCGCUUCCGCUCUGCUGUCGCCAUGGAUUCUCCUUCUCCUCCGCCGGCAAGGCGGUCAAUUUGGCCUCCCCAGUUCCCUCUCGCCGGAGACAACCGAAUCUAAAUCGACACCUUCCAGCCUUCUCUACCGAGACACGGAGGUCGGCUACCUCACCGCUCGUCUCAACUCGGAAACCACCACCCAUUACCCGCACAUUGCUCUGCCACUCCACUCCCCGGCGAAAAUCCGGCGCCGUACCUGCCGCAGAGAAGGUGGCCGGCGACGGUAGCUCCAAAGCCGUCCAAGUAGCGCUAUGGGUUCUCGAAGGGGUUUACAUUGUGUGGCUGUUUCUACUCCCUUAUGCCCCCGGUGAUCCCGUGUGGGCUAUUAGUUCGGAGACCGUGAAUUCACUGAUUGGACUUUCCCUGAAUUUCUUCUUCAUCUUGCCCUUCCUCAAUUCUGGUAUGUCGAAUCUGAAUUCCUUAAGUAUGCAUUUUCAGCAGAGCUAUUGAUAAUGGUUGGUUGUUGAUGCACUAUUUCUGCAAUGAACAUUUUGGCAGCGCAGUCGGGAUACAUGUAAUAGAAGCCCCCGUUCUUCACCCUAUGGCUGAAGGACUAUUCAACUUUGUGAUUGGGUGGACGUUCAUGUUCGCUCCAUUGCUGUUCACGGAUAACAAAAGGAAUCGAUACCCAUGGUCUCUAGAUGUGCUGUGGGGCUUCCAGAUGUUCCUCACUAACACAUUUCUGAUACCAUAUAUGGCAAUCCGAAUGAACGAGGACGAUGCAGAUGCUGCUCCGAGUAAGCAGUCGCAGCUAGGCAAUGUAAUGACACAAGGUGCACCUGUAGUUGGAGUGAUCGGAGCUGCUGCUUGUCUGGUAUCUGCAUUAUGGGCUGUUUUUGGGCGAGGGGACAGUGGUGAUUUCGGGGGCAUAACAGAGCGACGGGAAUUCUUCGUUAGUUAUCUUGGAUCAGAGAGGCUGGCAUAUGCAUUCAUCUGGGAUAUUUGCCUGUACAUCGUCUUCCAGCCUUGGUUGAUUGGUGAAAAUUUGCAGAAUGUGGAAGAAAGCAAAGUCGAUGUUGUGAAAUAUCUUAGAUUUGUGCCAGUGGUCGGGUUGGUGGCCUAUCUGCUCUUCUUGGACGCUGACAACGAAGAGCAACUCUAGCUUUAAAACAAGUGGCUGUUUCUGGACUUCAAUUGAAUACUGCUCCAAAUCGAUCUUACUCUUAUCUUUGUAAAGCCCUGCAAUGGGUUUCAGUUUUCCGCCGAUA